AUGUGGAGGGCUACAACUGCGAGUCAUGUGAAUUCUUCGGAGAAAAUAAUGUUUCAAAUAAAGGGAGUUAAUGAAGUGGCAUUCAAACAUCUCAUCAAUAUUCCACCAAGAUUCUGGAGCAAAUCAAGGUUCGGGACAAGUAUAAGCUGUGACACUUUGGCCAAUAAUAUGUCUGAGGCAUUCAACCCUGUCUUUAUUGCUACUAGAGCCAAGGCAAUUGUGACAACGCUUGAAGAAAUUAGAGUGUAUCUAAUGCAAAGAUGGGAAUAA